AUGGAUGUCAAAAUAUUCAGUCAUCGUAGAUCUUUUUUGGUUUUGUUUUGUUUUGACUCGAGGCGAAGACUCCCUUCUGACGUCUAUUUACCACCGCCAGACAUCGUGUACUGCGCUUGCGUGUUGAGGAUUGCUGGGAAAUGCAGUCAGUCAUGUGACGAUUUAAAGCGCAAAAGUAAACAACGAACGGCUGGCGAGCUAAAAUAGCUGUUUCGGUGCUGAAAAUCCGGAUUAUGCAACACUUCCUAAAGUGUACGCACCACCUACACACACCUAAACCAAAACUGGAAAGUUACCCGUCAAUGAUCGUAAAUCAGAUUUCAGUUGACCAAGUAGGUUUAGACUACAGAUCUAUUCAGCCCCAAUCUAGUUUUGAAGCACAUGCAUCCCUCUUUCAUUUGACACUCAAACUUUCACCAAUAGUCCCGGUGUGUCGGUGCAUUGUCUUUAAAAAAGUAGAUUGUCGACAGGUUACUUUAAAGUUGCUAUUGUUGUAUUCAAAAUAAUUAUUUGUGUGGCUAGGAAGAUCUGAUACAUUUUGUAAAGAAUAUCAGUGCCAACAUAGAAAAGCAUAGAAAUGCCCUAUUUGUUACGUAAACGACAUGUCUAAUUUUAAUUUUGAAGAUCAGCCUAAAUCAGCAUGGUGUGUUUAUUUUAACAAUAAUCUGACAGUGUGCACAAGAACUACAAUUCCCAGUGUAUUUUACAGUAGAACUUUGUUUGAGGAGUGGUUGGCCGAAUAACCCUUUGGCGAAUGCAGCGCGUGAUGUAAACAGAAUAAUAGCCUAUACAGUAGAGAUAGACUUAUGUACAGCAAACAUAUAAAUCUGGUCUGAUUUAAGCUACUUUAAAUCUUUAUUCUGGAAACGUAUAUAUUUUUUUGCUAUAGAAUAAGCCGUUCUGUAGAUUUGUAAGACUUUCAAAUGAUACACUUUCGUUCUGUUCAUUGAUAAUAUUUUAAUCCCAUUUUGUCAGUAUGAUUAUUGUUUCACACUUGUUUAAUUUUGGCACAAUUGUUUCAUUCUCUUCUGCAAUUGGUCAAAAUUAAUCCAGUAAAUGCGUUUGCUCUGCUUUGAUUGGCUGAGGAACAAGAACCUUCACACCAGUUUGCGUUUCCACUAGCUUCUAUAGCCACAAAAUCAGAUUCCAAAGCCACAAAGUCAGAUUCCACAGCCACAGUCAAAAUUUGCUACAAGAAUUCACUUUUUGGUCUUAAUUUAAGGUAAGGAUUAGUGGAAGGUUAGGGCGGCAGGUAGCCUAGCGGUUAAGCGCGCAUUGGGUCAGUAACUGUAAGGUUGCUGGUUCAAAUCCCUGAGAAACUAGAAAAAUCUGUCGAUGUGCUCUUGAGCAAGGCACUUAACCCUAAUCGCUCUGGAUAAGAGCGUCUGUUAAAUUACUGAAAUGUCAGGUUUAAAAUUUUAAGAAGAUCAAUUGUAUAAAUGGGCGGGGUUUAUGACUUGGCUAUAGAAGCACGACCCCGUUUAUGGUUUUCCACUAGAUAACACAGCCACAAAGUCAGAGUCCAAAACGACAGUCUGAGUUUUUUGGUCUUAAUUUAAGGUUAGGCAUAAUGUUAGCAGUGUGGUUUAAAAUCAGAUUUUAAGAAAAUAAAUUCUAGAAAUGGGCGGGGUUUAGCCAUAAUUAUGACUUUGUGGCUGUGUUAACUAGUGACGGACGACCCCAAUUUAUCGUCUCGAGAUCAGCAGCAGCUGAAACCAAAAAUGUCGGAUCCCACGGUUGCAGACACUCGCCGAUUAAACUCUAAACCGCAGGAUCUCACAGAUGCGUAUGGCCCCCCAAGCAAUUUUCUUGAAAUCGACGUUUAUGACCCACAAACUAUUGGAGUCGGCCGGAACCGAUUUACCACCUAUGAAGUGCGAAUGCAGGUGAGGAGCGCCAGUAUUGAAAUCGAGGCCGGUGAUUUUGGCAGGGCCUGUAGGUGACGCUAGUAUGGUGCGGGAACAUGGGUUGGGACGUGUUUUUGGAGAGACUCGACUUUUUGAUGUUCAAAUGCUUAGCCUUUCACUUUGUCAUUUUAAGUAAUCCUUUCAUCCAAAUUCCUGAUGCAGUCAUUACUAAUAUGGCUACCACCAACAUCAAAUAGCCAGCAUGUGAAAGGUUGUCUGAUUAGGUAGUGUUUCUGACAACCUACAUUACUGACUAGCAAAGGCUAUAGCUAGCUCGUUUAUUCAAUUAUGUAGGAUGUGUAGGCUUUUUCUCCAACCUAGAAGAAAACCCUGUAAACCCCCAGGACCAAGAUUGGAGAAUAUUGGGCCAGUUAGUACUGUAGAUAUGAGAUGGGCAGCCAGCCACUGGGGUGUUAAACCUUCAUGGUAUAGAAAGAACGGUGUUUGUACAUGAGCUAGUCUCACAAAUCACAGACCGAGGGCAUGCUUGUACAUUGUCUGUCUAGCAAGGGUGUCAAACUCAUUCCAUUGAGGGCCUAGUGUAUGUGGGUUUUUCGUUUCAAUUAAGACCUAGACAACCAGGUGAGGUGCGUUCCUUACUAAUUAGUGACCUUAAUUAAUCAAUCAAGGACAAGGGAGGAGCGAAAACCCAGACAUUAUACCAGCAUUUCCCAAACUCGGUGCGCGUUUUGGUUUUUGUCCUAACACAGGGAGUCAAAUGAUCAAAGCUUGAUGAUUAUUUGAAUCAGCUGUGUAGUACUAGGCAAAAACGAAAACGUGCACCGAGUUUGGGAAACCCUGUACUAGGCCCUCCAUGGAAUGAGUUUGACACCUGUGGUCUAGAGCAGGGCUGCCCAACCCUCUUCCUGGAGAGCUACUGUCCUGUAGGUUUUCAGUCCAAACCGCUUCCUAGAGAUCUACUGUCCUGUAGGUUUUCAGUCCAACCCUAAUUUAGCAUAUCUGAUUCAGUUAGUUAAGGUCUUGUUGAGCAGCUAAUAAGUAGAAUCAGGUGUGUUAAAUUAGAGUUGGACUGAAAACCCACAGGACGGUAGAUCUCCAGGAAGAGGGUUGGGCAGCCCUGGUCUAGAGAGACUAUAGUUGGACAGUGUAUACCAGGACUGCCCAGCCCUCUUCCUGGAGAGCUACAAGCCUGUAGGUUUUUGCUCCAACCCUAAUCUAGCACACCAGAUUCUAAUAAUUAGCAAGUUGAUAAGAUGAAUCAGGUUAGUAACACCUGGGGUUGGAGCGAAGACCUACAGGAGGGUAACUCUCCAGGAACAGAGUUGGCCAACCCUGGUGUAUACCCUUACUACUACAUACCUCAAUGUAUUAAUGCAACAAUCUCAUGGACACUCUCCUCUGGGUUUCCCUACUCCCUGAAGAUGUGGUUGCAUUAUGAAACAUCCACUAUCACUAGAUACACCACACCAGUGUCACAACUGAACAGUGGUGUUCACCAAUUGAGACAAGAUGCUGAUCAAAUUAUUCAUUAGUGAAGGGUGUAAGUACUGACGUCUGACCGCGUCACUGGACAUGUGGAUGCUGUACUGGAAAUACCACUCCCCAAUCUGGAUUGCUGUCAUUUAAUGUAGUGAUUAAUAUAAUUGUUUUCACAUGCAGACAAACCUUCCCAUCUUCAAACUUAAGGACUCUGUUGUGCGAAGAAGGUACAGUGAUUUUGAGUGGCUGAAGAAUGAGCUGGAGAGAGACAGUAAGGUAGGCUCUCACACUGCGUAACUACUUGCCUGAAUGUCUCACCAGUAUAAUGCCAAUUUAUUUUGUUGGAAUUCAAGUGUUUGUUUCUAUGUGACUAAGUAACAGAUUUAUUGAUAAGUUGUGCGCUUGCUACAGAUUGUGGUGCCCCCUCUCCCUGGCAAAGCUUUGAAGAGACAGCUGCCCUUCCGAGGAGAUGAGGGUAUCUUUGAGGAGUCGUUCAUUGAGGAGCGGAGGGUAGGCUUGGAGCAGUUCAUCAACAGGUGUGUAUUGUUUCUGUCUAUAUGAUUUCUCUCUGUAUGGCUGUCUCCAUUUCAGUGCAUUAUCAAAUUAACUCUCAGCCAUCUGCCUUUUGACUCCACUAAUAAUCAAUUAUGAUUGCUAAUUACCUGAAACCUACUUCUCUCUCCACUGCCACCAGACUCGCAGGUCAUCCCCUGGCCCAGAAUGAGCGCUGUCUUCACAUGUUCCUUCAGGAUGAGUCCAUUGACCGAAACUACAUUCCUGGAAAAGUACGCCAGUAGGAUGGGCAGGGUUUAGGGUUGAGGUGCCAACUAGGGCAGGGAAUUGCCAGGGACCUCACGAUAUGAUAUUAUAACGAUACCUAGGUGCUGAUAUGUAUUGCGAUUCGAUAUUGUGAUUUAAUGUUCCAAACAUAUUGCUCACGAUACACUGAGAAUACAAAACAUUAAGAACACUUGCUCUUUCCAUUACAGACUGACCAGGUGAAUCCAGGUGAAAGCUAUGAACUCUUAUUGAUGUCACUUGUUAAAUCCACUUCAAUCAGUGUAGAUGAAGGGGAGGAGGGUUAAAGAAGGAUUUUUAAGCCAGAUUGUGUAUGUGUGCCAUUCAGAGGGUGAAUGGGCAAGACAAAAUAUGUAAGUGCCUUUUGAAUGGGGUAUGGUAGUAGGUGCCAGGCGCACCAGUUUGUGUCAAGAACUGCAACGCUGCUGGGCAUUUCCAUGCUCAACAGUUUCCCAGGUGUAUCAAGAAUGGUCCACCACCCAAAGGACAUCCAGCCAACUUGACACAACUGUGGAAAGCAUUGGAGUCAACAUGGGCCAGCAUCCCUGUGGAACGCUUUCGACACCUUGUAGAGUCCAUAUCCCGAUUUAAUUGAGGCUUUUCUUAGGGCAAAAGGGGGGGGAGUGCAAUUUACAUUUAAGUCAUUUAGCAGACGCUCUUAUCCAGAGCGACUUACAAAUUGGUGCAUUCACCUUAGGAACUUAAUAUUAGGAAGGUGUUCCUCAUUUUUGGUGUACUCUGUGUAUGUCUGCUGCAGAGAGACGAGACUGCAUGAGAAAGCAAGUUUUGAUCUGUCAGGGGGAAAAAAAAGUGCUGAAAACAUGUUGGCUCACUAUUUAAAAAGCUGGAGAACAAGCUAAAGGUUGAAAAAUACUGGCGUUUUGGCACAGGUACAGACAACUACCGAUAGCCGACUGGGUGGCUGGGUUGGAGAGGGGUGUGGCAGUAGGUGGGGUGUGCUGGCUGUUCCUUAGCGGUUUUCAUCCAUCUCCCCCGGAUAGGGAAUAGCAUUUUAUUUGUACACUAAAGAAUAUAAAUACUAUAUAUAUAUAUAUAUAUAUAUAUAUAUAUAUAUAUAUAUACACAAGUAUGACCUCAGCUAUCAAGUCUUAUCUAGUUGACUAAUUUUAUGCUUAUUAGAAGCAUAAUCGUGUGGAUUUGUAAGAUAAUUUUGCAUAACCUAAAUGCAUAAUAUUUAUUGUGUAAAUGCAUGUCUGUAACCAGGUUUCCAUGUGAGUAAAGUACAUGUUGGAUAAAAAUGCCAGGCCUGAUGGAAACAGCAAAUUUGUACGGAAACUUUCCAAAUGUCUACAAAACAAAAUACACUAGACAAGGUGGGCUCUUUUUGUGUCGGUAAAAUGUAUGAUGCGAGAAAUGGUGGUGGAAACGCCUUUGUGUGCAAAUCUUGAUAUAAUAACCAUCAUAUUGACGUAAACUUGGAGUCACACGAUGCUAUGUUAUGUGGUCCUCCCACUACGACUCGGGAAAGCUUGCAGUUCAUUAGGCUACAGAUGAAAUAAGUUAUGAUGCGCUUCACCGGGUGGUGAAAGUGCACAGUGAUGAACUUGAUGCUCCUUUCCAAUAAAUACGGAGGGUCUUAUUCUGGUGACAUGAUCAAUGCUUGGCUGCCGUUUUUUUUUUUGCUUUUUAUCCGCAACAAGUAAAUUUGAUAAACACGUCUCUGGUGGGAAAAUGUGUAUAUUGUUGUUAUGCAGAUUUUAGAAUAUUCGCAUGAAAAUCUGUUGCCAAUUGGAUGGAAACCUGGCUAGUGAUGACUUUCUCAUCAAUUUUAAAUGUGAAAAUUAAGAAGCUAUAGCUUAGCAAGGGGACAAAAGGAUUAUGUUCUCUGUUGUCAGAUUACAUUUUGCAGUGGUUUAAGAAACCUGAAAACAUACUGUUCUCUGUAUCACAGGUUUUUAUCUUACAAUGUCUUUCCCCUUUUUUUAGGUGUGAAUAAAGUAAGUUUUGUUAUGCUUUUUAUUCAUAUUAAUACCAUUGUGAUCAUUUUCCAAAAAACGCUUUUGUGUGUGUAAUAUAUAAAUUCAGAUUUGGUUUAGCGGGUUACCAAUAAUACAUUCAUGCAUUUACGCUCAAACAUCUCUUCGCUUCCCCUCUACUUUCUCAAUCAGCAACUUUCUCCUUUGUUCAUUUUCCUUGAGUAAGUGUAACUGUUGGCAUGAUAUGGUUGCAUGCAUGGGGUAAUAUUUACAGUUCAUCUUUACUUCCCCUUUUGGCUUAAAGGGAAAUGUCACAGUUUUUCAACUUCAUAUUCAUCAUCUACAGCACCACCCCAACAUCAACAUAUGUGAAAAUGGCGCUUUCCUAUGUUUUGUAGUAAAAAAGACAGAAGGUAAGCGUUUCCAAUGACAUCAUCGGUAUGCAUCGUGUUUUAACCAAUUAUGAGUAGGCAUUGCCUACAUAUGUUGGGGUGGUGUUGGAGAUAAUGAAGUUGAAAAUGUAAAUGUCCCUUUAAACCAGUCAUGCAGGCUUUCAAGUCAGCACUGAGACCUAGAGAGCAGUAUCUAACAUUCAUAUCAUGUAGGCUAGACCUUUUCAUUGUUAUGCUAUUGUUUUUUAAAUGACCGAUUUACAUGUAGUUAUAACAUUUGAAGUACCAGUGUACAUCAAUGCUCUCAUCUCCAGCACCCUAAAAUCUGUGUUGGAUACUGUACACUGAUACUGGUAACACAAUGCCUCUGAAUCAUUGACUCUAGUUUUUCAAUUGUGAUAAAAAGGAAGAGUCUUCAAACCCAUUCUUCAACAAUAAUGGGUGAAAUGGAACAUACCCCUGAGAUAUCAUUUUUUUAUAUAUGUCAUAGGCACAGAGUUACUGUUCUACAAGUAAAUGUCUUUGUUUAAACUUUAAAAUCUUGGUCUACAUAAAAGUGUAGCGAGACUGUAGAAAUGGCAACACUAAUGUUCAGAUGCUAAUGAGGCCAUGAAUUACCUGUGAUUUGUUUUCCUUUCUAUAGUAGCCCCAGAGAUGAAAAUGAUGAGGUCUACUCAGCCCAGCUACUCACCCCUACACCACCUGGCUGUUUGGCUUUAUCACUAGAGCCCACACUCUCUUCCACA